AUGCAUCGACUGGGCGGUGUCGGCCUCGCUGCCUUCGACCGACAACAGCAGUCCCAGCGGUCCUUCGCUGCGCUCUCCACCACCCUCUCCCAAUCUCAGCUCGACAACCUCCACACCCAGCUCGCCCAGUUCCGCGCCGCGCUCACCCACUUCGCCACGCACCGCCGCGCGGACAUCCGGCGUGACCCCCGCUUCCGCCAUGCGUUCCAGCAGAUGUGCGCGACGAUCGGCGUCGACCCCCUCGCGGGCCCGCGGCGCGGCGGCUGGUGGGAGGAGGCGCUCGGACUCGGCGACUGGCAGAGCGAGCUCGGCGUGCAAAUCGUCGACGUGUGCGUCAGCACGCGCGAGCGCAACGGCGGCAUCAUCGAGAUGGGCGAGCUCGUCCGCCUCGUAAGUAGGCUGCGCGGCGUCGACGGCGGCGCGGUCUCUGAGGAGGACGUCGUGCGCAGCAUCAAGUCGUUGCAGCUGCUCGGCGCAGGGUACGAGGUGAUCGACUUCGGGGACGGGAGGAAGAUGGUGCGGAGUGUGGUCAAGGAGCUCGAUAAGGCUCAGAUGGUCGUCCUUGCGCUCGCGCAGGAGCACGGUGGGCGGGUAGAUGAGGAUCUGCUGGUCUUGACGCAGGGAUGGACACCGGAGCGUGCAAAGGCGACGUUAAGAAAUAUGCUUCUCCGAGAUGGGACUUGUUGGGUGGAUGAUCAGGAUGGUCCAGACGGAAUGGGGCGUUCAUACUGGGUUCCGUCCGCGAUGCAUUGGGACGAAUGACACAAUUUGCAUUCAAAUGUUGUAGCAGACAUGUAUUAUUGUAUCAUUAGCCUCC